AUGGAGGAUACAGUCAAGCAAGAUUUGGGUGCAUUGAUCAAGAAAUACGACGAAUUUAUAGCACUAAAGUUGAAACCAUCGUUAAAAAAGGAACUAGACGAGCGAGAUCUUAUCUUUAACAGCAUUUCGGAAUACCAAAAAUUAAACACACAAAUCGAGACCAUUCAAGACAACAAACUAGGUGAAUUGAAGACGAUGGUGGAUCUUGGAUCACAGUUUUUUGUUCAAGCUCACGUACCUGAUACUAAAUACAUCUACGUCAAUGUUGGAUUUGGAUUUCAUGUCCAAUUCACACUGGACGAGGCAAAGAAGUUUAUAGAGAAGAAAGUGAUACAUUUGCAAGGACUUGCAGACAAACACACAGCAGAAGCAGAUAAAAUCAGAGCACACAUUAAAAUGGCACUGGAAGCAAUUUCUGAGAUCAUUGUCAACCAGCAAUGA